UCCAAAACAUCCAACAUGGCGGACGUCCAGGAAAAAAUCCGUGAAAAGUUGGAACAAAUUCCUGAAACUCUGUCCGCUCUUGAGAUAACUGUUAAUAUUAUGAUUACCUUGGCUAUAGGUGGCCUAGUCAUUGUGCUGUUCCUUUAUCUGGCAGCCAAGAAAAUCAAAUCAAAAGUAAAACCUAGUACUGUAGGGGACAAACUUGGCUUCAAAUACAGAUUCAGAAAAAGGGACAAAGUAAUGUUCUAUGGAAGGAAGAUAUUUAGAAAGGUGAGGUCCAUUACAAAAAAUACAAUAAAGGAAGUAGAUCCUAGAAGAAGCACAAUUCGAGCUAAAAGGAAAAAACUAGUAUCAUUUGCUAAAAAAUUGUUACGUAAAGAAUCUUCCCCACAAUUAGUUUACAAGGAACCUCCCCCAGCUUUCCUGGAAGCUGAUUGGCCAGAAUUCCAUGAGAGUGACUAUAGGCUACCAUUGGAGGUGUUAUAUAUGUUGAAAAGCGUCAGAGUGUUUGGACACUUUGAGAGACCUCUCUUCCUUGAGUUAUGCAAACAUAUGGACUCCAAAUUCAUACAUGCGGGGAGCUUUCUAUUCAAGGUCGGUGACGUGGAUGACUCCAUAUAUGUGGUGCAGAAUGGGAACGUCAAUGUAUUCAUUACAGAACCAGAUGGCUCAGAGCAUAUAGUGAAGGAGGUCUGUCAGGGAGAUAGCAUUCAGAGUUUGCUGAGUAUUCUUGAUGCCCUAACUGGCCACCCUGCCCCUUAUAAAACUGUGUCUGCAGUGGCUGUAACUGAUACUACUGUACUAAGAUUGCCAGCAGCAGCCUUUGCAACACUUUUUGACAGAUUUCCAGAGUCUCUGGUUAGAGUUGUUCAGAUCAUUAUGGUUCGACUGCAGAGGGUAACAUUUAUGGCCUUACACAACUAUCUUGGUCUCACCCAUGAGCUUAUUAACCCACACAAUUUAAGUGAUCGUACAUUCUCAGUUCACACCAUCGGAGCGAAGCAAAGCCCUGUGAAGCAGUACAGUAAGGACUCUAAAGAUGGCAGCACUGAGA